UGUGUCAAGAACAUGACACCUUUAAAGAUUACCACUAUUGGGUUGAUAGUUGCACUUCUUGGAGAAUUGGCCUAUGCUCUGGAUGUACGUCAGGAUCCUAUGUUCAUCAGUGUUGGGGAAUCAGUUACGUUAACCUGCUCACAUAAUUUAAGUGGACAAACAGUAGUCUUGUCUUGGUACAAACAAACUUUGGGACAUAAACCUCAGCUCAUAUCUUCAUCGUUUAAGAAUAAUCCAAAUGGCACAUAUUACAAUGAAUUCAAGGAUAACCCUCGUUUCUCAGUUCACAUCGCCAGCAACAAACUUCACUUAAGGAUGUCAGAUGUGCAAUUAUCAGAUUCAGCUACAUAUUACUGUACCAGUUCCUAUUCCAACCAAAUGGACUUUGCAGAGGAAGCCAUUCUCAAUGUAAAAGGCUCUGGUAUACAACAUUCUGUCCAGCAGCCAGCGUCUCUGUCAGUCCAGCUAGGAGACUCUGUUACUCUGAACUGUACAAUACACACUGAGACCUGUCCUGGAGAACACAGUGUCUAUUGGUUCAGACGUGGCUCAAGAGAAUCCCGUCCAGGAAUCCUUUACACCCAUGGAGGCAGAAGUGAUCAGUGUGAGAAGAGCUCUAAGGCUGGGUCUCCUACACAGAGCUGUGUCUACAACCUCCCCAAGAGGAACCUCAGCCUCUCUGAUGCUGGGACUUACUACUGUGCUGUGGCCUCAUGUGGGGACAUAGUGUAUGGAGAGGGAACCGAGCUGGAUAUCAAAUUAGUUGGCGAGGAUCAGAUGAGAAUCUUGGUGCUUCUCUCCAUCAUGAGAACUGGAGUUCUAUUCUGCUGUCUAUUCAUCGUUAUUGUCUUCUGUUUCAUAAAGAAAUCCAGCUAUCCAUCUCUUUGAGCUGUACUUAGUCAUAUAUGUCUUACGUAUGCAAUUAUGAUCUUGAUUGCUUAACAUGGUGUAUAAAAUUUGAUGUCUCUGAAAAUCUUUCAAACAUGUCAAUUUAUUGUUUGGAUUGGUUCCACAGAACAUCAGCUGGUUUGUCUGAACUGGAUGUUUUUUUCCAAUUUUAAAUAAAGUUUUGGAUUAAUGUA